GGGGAGAAAACAGGAAGCUUACAUAUUGUUUAUGUAGACACAGCCAACUGUCGAGUUUUUAUUGAGGACAACGAAAUGAAGAAAUUUUAUCUUCAUUUGAAAAUUUAUGUUUUGCUGAUUGUAGAUGUCUACUGUGCACAACUAUCAUGCAAUAACUGUCAAAAGAAAUUCAAAGGACAUACAAAUGAAAUAAAUUGUAACUCAAGUGUGAUAAGCUGUGAUGACGGAGAGUAUUUCUGUGGCACUGUAAUUUUUCAUCGUCAUGAGACAAAUGUUAGCUUGCUCAGGAGAAAUUGCAUUUCACAUCAUGUUUGUCAAAACACGACGGAGAAUUGUCCGCCAAGCACUUGUUUUUUAAAGUGCUGUGGAACGACAAACUGCAAUAAUGCUACAUUUGUGAAUGAAUUACAAAUCAUCAAUGAAAUGCGAACGCUGAGCCAACAAAAUGGAGAUGCAAUUACGCCAGAACCUACUAUGAAAAAUGAGCCAACUGGCCAUUCACGUAUGAAUGAAUCUUCACUGCCCUUUAUUAUAUUACUGUGUAUUCCUGUUUACCCUUUGAUAAUGUUGACCUGAAUUUCAUGGCAAAUAGGACUCAUAGUUAAUCCUUUGAGUAAAGAAAGCAAGAUUUGCUAACUGUGUAUGCAUGAAUGAUUCAAUAAUCUUGCUUAGUUGUAGAUAACCAGAAAUGAAUGUAAUGUUAACAUAUUUAUAGUCGUUGGUGACAUGUAUAUUGAUUGCCCUUUAAAUAAAAUAUAUAUUUGUACUGUAUCGCACAGUGUAGCAGAAAUGAAAGUAAUCAGUUCAACACUCAUUGAAUUGUUAUUUUGAAACCUUGAGUAUUUUAAUAAUUAAAAUACUGUGCAUAUCUGCAUAAAUUGAA